AUGCAUAUACGAAAUACAUAAAUGCCAGCGCAAAGGCUUUGCAACCAUAUGAAUAAAGUUGAUACGAGUAGUAAAGACGCUGAGAAUUAGAUAUGAUGCAGAAAUUAAUUCCUUGGUUGGAAGUAGGUGGAAGCAUUUGCAGUCUCCUUUCCUUUCCUCCCAUAUACAUUCCUCUUUCAAUGGCAAAAUCAUGUACAAGCAGAAGUCUACCAAAUUUUCUGUGCUCUUUUAGCUCAACGUCGCAGACUCUGCGGCUGCCACAGAAAAAAAUCGAGCUAGAAUUGUAAAAGCCAUGGCCGAGUCGCAGGCCGAAAGAUCAGAGACUAAAGCCAAGCAAAAUGCCAGCGCAGAGGCUAAAUCUUUGGAUGCUGUACAAAAAUCGUGCUUCUUCGGAUGUAAUAUAAACACCGAAGAAUUACGCAUGUGCACUGUGAUCCCUGAGUAUUUGCGACGUGUCAUGGCAGAAGCAGUUCGCGCAAAAGGAUUUGUGUAUGAGGAAGGGCGUCAUAAAGGAAGUGGAGAGAACCCGCCGGAGGCUCCGCUUGUGGUUUUUAUCAACUCUAAGAGUGGCGGCAGACAGGGACCCCAGCUCAAGACCACGCUUCAGGAGUUACUUAGCCAAGAACAGGUUUUUGACCUUUCAAUUGUAAGACCAGAAGAAUUUUUUCAGCAUGGGCUAGGUUGCUUGGAAAAGCUAGCAAGCCUUGGUGACCUUUGUGCCCAGGAGACUCGUAAUAGAUUACGUAUUAUGGUUGCAGGAGGUGAUGGUACAGUUGGAUGGGUGUUGGGUAGUGUCUCAGACCUUCACUUGGAAAAUCACAAACCAUUACCUCCUGUUGGAAUUAUUCCUCUUGGCACAGGAAAUGAUUUGGCUCGAUCUUUUGGUUGGGGUGGAACAUUCCCUUUUGCAUGGAAAUUUGCAGUUAAGAAAUCAUUGCUUAAGGCUGUCAAAGGUCACAUUUGUCAACUUGAUAGUUGGCAGGUCACAGUGAAAACUAGGGAUGGGAAAGAAGUAAAGUUUCCUUAUGCUCUAAAGACUCAAGAACAAUCUUAUCUUUCUCAGGAUGAGAAUCUAAAAGGUGUCUCUUUCUCGAAAGGUGUUUUCUACAACUACUUUAGCAUAGGAAUGGAUGCUCAAGUUGCCUAUGGAUUCCAUCAUUUACGCAACGAAAAGCCGUAUCUUGCUCGAGGAACAAUUUCAAAUAAAAUGAUCUAUUCUGGGUAUAGUUGCACUCAAGGGUGGUUUUGCACACACUGUUCAACGAAUCCUCGACUCAGGGGAAUAAACGACAUUUUGGAACUCCACAUUAAAAUAAAAAAAUCUUCUGAAUGGCAGCAAAUCAAUAUUCCAUCGAGUGUGCGAGCAAUUGUGGCUCUAAAUCUUCACAAUUAUGCAAGUGGGCGAAACCCUUGGGGUCAUCCAAACACAAGGUACCUCGAAAAGAAAGGGUUUGUGAAAGCCCAAGUUAAUGAUGGAUUGAUUGAAAUAUUUGGCUUAAAGGAUGGGUGGCAUACGUCAUUUGUGAUGGUCAACAUGAUUACAGCAAAGCACAUUGCGCAGGCUGCAGCUCUGAAACUAGAGCUAAGGGGAGGAAAAAGAGAAAGAGCUUAUAUGCAAAUGGAUGGCGAGCCUUGGCAACACCCACUAAGCAAGAGUCAUUCAACAACGAUCGAAAUAACAACGGCUCCUCAUGAAUCUAUUAUUAUUAAUGCAAAUUAAGUGCUUGUACUAUGCUUCAACUUCAUUUCUGCAACUACUACUGCCCAUAAUCUUAUAAUUUAGUUUCCUCCAUUGCUUCUUCAAAUAGAAAUUCCUGUUAAUGAUUUGGUAGAUGUUAUCCAAACGGAAUUUUUUUCAACAAACAAUAAAAGAUUAUAUAAUUUUUUUU